AUGGCUGGACAAGCAAUUAGAAAAUUCCUUCUACUCUUUAACAGUGUAUUGGUCAAAAGGAGUGAAGAAGAAACUGUAACCAAAGGAGGCAUUAUGAUUCCAGAAAAAUCUCAAGGCAAAGUAUUACAAGCAACAGUAGUAGCUUUGGGAUCAGGCUCUAAAGGAAAGGGUGGAGAGAUUCAGUCAGUUAGCAUGAAAGUUGGAGAUAAAGUUCUUCUCCCAGAGUAUGGAGCUAUCAAGGUGGUUCUAGAUGACAAGGAUUAUUUCUUAUUUAGAGAUGGUGACAUUUUUGGAAAAUAUGUAGACUGA